UGGCCAGUCAGAGAGUCCCAACCAGCAGAGUGAGUCUGAUAUCAAGGAGCAGCCUGAGAACGGACAUCUUGGCUUCCAAGACAGCUUUGUCACAUCGGGUGUCUUCAGUGUGGCCGAGCUCGUGCGAGUCUCACAGACCCCAAUCGCAGCUGGGACGGGUCCUAACUUCUCGCUGGCCGACCUGGACAGCUCCUCCUACUACAGCAUGAGCCCUGGGGCAAUGAGGCGACCCUUACCCAGCACCUCCUCCAGCAGCUCUGCCAAGAGGAUCAAGUGUAUGGAGGACGAGGUGGACAGUCCAGGAGAAGAGUCCUACUAUCCAGGUCAAGGGCGCUCCCCGGGCAGCGGCAGCCAGGCCAGCAGCUGGCACGAAGUGGAAACUGCUGGAUAUAAACUGCGUGGCUCGCUAGCUAGUUCGUUCAUCUCAAGACAAGCGAGUCCCCACGCCACGCCGUCGAGCCUCCACUUCCCCACGUCGCCCAUCAUCCAGCAGCCCGGCUCCUACUUCUCCCACCCGGCCAUCCGUUACCACCCCCAGGAGAGCCUCAAGGAGUUUGUCCAACUUGUCUGCCCCGACUCAGGCCAGCAGGGAGGACAGGUGGGCUUCCUUAAUCCUAAUGGUAGCAGUCAGGGGAAGGUCCACAACCCAUUCCUGCCCACCCCCAUGCUGCCCCCUCCACCUCCGCCCCCCAUGGCACGCCCUGUGCCCCUGCCUGUGCCAGACUCCAAACCUCCUUCCACCUCCACUGAGGGAGGGGGCAACUCCCCCACCUCGCCAACCUACUCCACACCGAGCACGUCCCCAGCCCAGCGCUUCAUCAGUGUGGGCCCCGAGACCCCAGCUUUGUAAAUAUCCCUCAGCAGCCCCAGUGGUACCUGGGCUAGGGACUCCAGACCCCCUAGCAGCCUGCUGGACAGCCCCCUGGACAGAUCGCUGGACAGCCCACUGGACAGAUCGCUGGACCCCCUACUUUCUCCCCUGAGUGCGACCUAACCUGAAACCCUGAAAACGUGCUCACCUGUUUGACAGAGAGAAGCCCAACCCCUCAAAUCUGUCACUGCAUGGCUACAACAGACCACCCCGCCCUCUCCCAUCCCCCAAAAACAAGAGCAGAGCUACUGACUGCUUACACACGUACAUACUAUAUAUCUAUACAGCCCAUAUAUACCCUCAUUCAUAUGGUUCAUAUGUCUAUAUUCAUAUAUAGUACCAGUCCCCCCAGCUGUCUAUUGGAUGUGCUAGCUGGAGCUCCAAGAGAGAGCUAGCGUAUGGAUGUGCUAGCUGGAGCUCCAAGAGAGAGCUAGCAUAUGGAUGUGCUAGCUGGAGCUCCAAGAGAGAGCUAGCGUAUGGAUGUGCUAGCUGGAGCUCCAAGAGUGAGCUAGCAUAUGGAUGUGCUAGCUGGAGCUCCAAGAGAGAGCUAGCGUAUGGAUGUGCUAGCUGGAGCUCCAAGAGUGAGCUAGCAUAUGGAUGUGCUAGCUGGAGCUCCAAGAGAGAGCUAGCAUAUGGAUGUGCUAGCUGGAGCUCCAAGAGAGAGCUAGCAUAUGGAUGUGCUAGCUGGAGCUCCAAGAGAGAGCUAGCAUAUGGAUGUGCUAGCUGGAGCUCCAAGAGAGAGCUAGCGUAUGGAUGUGCUAGCUGGAGCUCCAAGAGUGAGCUAGCAUAUGGAUGUGCUAGCUGGAGCUCCAAGAGAGAGCUAGCGUAUGGAUGUGCUAGCUGGAGCUCCAAGAGUGAGCUAGCAUAUGGAUGUGCUAGCUGGAGCUCCAAGAGAGAGCUAGCAUAUGGAUGUGCUAGCUGGAGCUCCAAGAGAGAGCUAGCAUAUGGAUGUGCUAGCUGGAGCUCCAAGAGAGAGCUAGCAUAUGGAUGUGCUAGCUGGAGCUCCAAGAGAGAGCUAGCGUAUGUUUCCUGGUACACGUUGUGUUUGUUUAUUUUUGUAUUUCUUCUCGUCGUCCCCACUUUGCCGCAGAGGGGGGAGACAUCACCUGACUAAAUAAAAGAGCUUCCCUCAACCCUUCGUUGCCGUAGCCGACCUGUGGAGAAGGUCUGGCACAGAGACCUAAGAGUCCCGUGUACAUGUGUGUAUAAAGCUCUGCUAGCGUCACAUGUCCCGAAACGAGAGGAAGAUCAGAGCUCUUGUUUCUUUUGUUCUAUGGUUGUUACCGGACUCUGUUUUCGGUUCAGUGGUUCACGGAGGUAGAGGUUUUUAGCUGGGUCAGAUACCAACCAGUUAAUAACUCUUAGUCUCCCCACCCUACCCCAAACCAGACCUACCCAGCACCCACCCUGAGGAGGGACACUCCCCCACAGCCAAGAGUCUGAAGGUCUUCACCCCACCACGGGGCUUUUCCAGGGACAUCAGUGCAGCUGAAAGACCAUGCAGAGGAGAACAACCAACACUAUGAACUCACAGGGGACCAGAGAGGGGAUGGGGUAUUCAUGUUUAAUAUCGGUCAAUCAGGUGACAUAUUGAAACUGGUUUAAAGCCUGCAACAAGAAGAGAAGUAUUUCAAUGAGAAGCUUGUGAGAAAACCUCUGACUGGGAGGCUUGUUCAUGUUACAUUUUUGUAUAGAGGUCAUUUCAGUUCAAACUAACGGUUUUACAAUGCUAUACAAUGCAAAAGGGCGAAUGUCUUUAAUCCUACAAACUGACUGGAGACAUCUAUCUAUCGUGAACAGUGGAAUAUUGAAUUGAGGACAGUGCAAUUUCGUUGGAUAGUGGUUGGAUAAUUAAAUAUCUUUGUAGGAUAUCUCUUUAAAAUAGUUUAAAAUCAUAUAUUUUUCUUCCUAGUCCAUUCACACCUCUAAAAUAUUGGGGUACAAAAAAAAGUCAACUAGCACGAUGGUCUGGUGAGAAAAUAACAGAUGUAUUGAGCUUUUGUUGUCUUUUAUUUGUUUGUUUGUUCAUCUUGUAAAUUUGCUAGUAUCGUAGAAUGUAAAACAUGUAAAUCCCUUUUAGAAAUAUUGUAAUUUUAAACAAUCCAUUUUAAAGCAUUUCUUGCAGCUUUGAAUCUAGUCUGCUAUUAAUUUUAAAAAAGCAAAGUGAUUAACUUAUUUUAAGAAAGCACUUGAUUUUAAAAGAAAGAAGUAGUAGUUGAAAUUUCUCAUGAGGCAAAAUCAAGAACAUACAAUGCGAACAAAUAUCAAAAACAUAAAUCUCCACUUUCGCUUGAAAAGAUCAUCUAAUACCGGGCAUCCAAGUUCUGGUUUGCCUGUUUGAUUGGCUAGGCCUUCUCUAAGCCUUGUCCAAUCAGAAGCACUUGUUCCUGCAGUUGGUUUAUGGGCUGGGAGUCUAAUCAGAGGAUUGUAGUUGAGUGAGAAAGAGUGACUGUUUGUGUUGAAAACACAUUGAUAUCUACAUCAAGGCAAGAUUGCAACCAGACGGCGAAGCUUUUCAGUUGCUUCGCAUGCAACUUACCAUUUUAUUGAAGUUUUGUUUUUCUUUCCUAUACUAUAUAUAUAUAUAUAUAUAUAUAUAUAUAUAUAUAUAUAUAUAUAUAUAUAUAUAUAUACAUUGUUAAGACUGACUCAUCCACCCUCGAUCAAAGCUGAAUAAAAGUAAUACAAAUGUUUUUUUAUCUGCAUGUUGUAGUGUUCGUGACAAACCUUUACAUAGAUUAGAGUUAGUGAAUAAAGACACAAUAUCCUAAUCCCAACAUCAGGCACUUGCCAAUAGACUAUCUGUUUGGCCCUUCGAGAGGCUUUUUUUACUGCUGGCCUUCACAAUCAACCAGCUUGAACGUCUUUCAGACUCUUCUUCGCUUCUCAUCAUUUCUGAAUCGUUUUUCCUCUUUCGUUCCCUCUUGAAAUUAUCAACAAAAAAAACCUCUAAUCUUAAAGUAUAUAUUUCGUUCGUAUGUUCUCUAAUUGCACGAAACAAUUGUUCCUCAUAAAUGUGCCUUGAGCGAUGGUCUAUCUGAGCUGUUGCACAAUGUUCCAAUGUGGAGAGUUGACCUUGUUUCUUAUUUGUUUUCAUCCCCCACCUCCCAUUGUGUAGAAACUGAAUCAGCGUUGUUAUACUGAUAUACUGCUGUUUAACUAGGCCAGCGUCAAUCCCCCCGACAUGGCCCCCUUUUUACGCAUUCCGUAAGUAGGAAUAGAACUCUUUAUAUCUUGAAGAUAGUUUAGUUAACCCCCCAGUCAUCGACCCUUAACCCUUCUUUGUGUUGAGAAUACUAAUCUAUAGAUAUUUAUGGAUGUUGCUGACAUUUCUAAAUGGAAACUUAUUUUAGCUUUUGGAGUUUUCCUUUUUUUAUAUAUGUUUUAUUCAGAAAUGAAUAAUGAGAAGAGAAUAUGCAAUACCUGCUUGCACUCAUGUAGACAGUCAUUUAGUCGUUUGGUUGUGAUGUUUAUUUUUUAUUUUUACCACAGUUAGGUUGCACUUGACUGGCUACAUGGUUGGUGGUCGGUCCCUUAGGCAGACCCACUCCUGCAGAACAAAGGGCUCGCAAAGCCCAGUCAGCCUCGCCCGGGUAUUCUGCUUUCUUUGUUUUCAACACUAACAAGUCGACCGCAGGAUAUAUUAGGGUUCUCCCUUUUUUGGGGUGUUGGGGA